AUGGUAAAGCAUGCCGAGAUCAAAAAAUCUUCUCAUGAUUCAAUUCCUUCUGAUUUCGAUGAUAUGCCUACCACCCUAGAAGACUUGUUCCACAUUUCUUUAGAACAUAAUUAUUCAGGAACAAUAUUAACAUUAUUUUCACACGGUAUUGAUAUUAAUUCAAGAGAUAUUGAAGGAAGAACUGCUAUUCAUUAUUUGGCUGCAGCCUCUUGCAAAAACAUUUUGGAAUUUCUUAUUAGAAAAGGUGCAGAUAUUAAUGCAAGAGAUAAUAACAAUAAUACAGCACUUCAUUUUGGAAUUUUGGAAAGCGUAGAUUUCCCAGUUACAACGUCUCGCUCAGCUGUUAAUACCGAAACAAUAAAAUUCCUUGUUUCACAAGGUAUUGACAUCAAUGUAAGGAAUAAUAAUGGAAUAACAGCUCUUCAUAUUGCGAUCAAAAGAAAUGAUAAGGAAAUAAUUGACUAUCUUAUUUCUCAUGGAGCCAAUGCUACUCUUAGGGAUAAUAAUAACAAAACAGCUCUACAUUAUGCAGCAAUAAAUGAAUCAAAAGGUAUACUGGAUUUAAUCAUUUCUCAUGGAGUAGAAAUAAAUUCCAGAGAUAAUGACAACAAAACUGCUCUUCAUUAUGCUGCAGAUUUUAAAAGAAAAGGAGCAAUCGGAUUCCUUAUUUCACAUGGAGCAGAUAUUAAUGCAAAAGACAAUGAUAAUCAAACACCUCUUUAUUUAUCAUUGAAAAAGCAAAUGAACACAUUUCCAUGGGACCCCUUAAAAAAUCAGAAUGAAGAAAGAAAUUUAUAUGAUAUCAUUGAAUAUUUUAUUUCACAUGGAGCUGAUAUAAAUUCAAAAGAUAAAGAUGGUAAAAUUGCAAUUCAUUUGGCAUCAAGUCUUGGUAUUUUGAGAAUUGUAGAACUUAUAGUUUCAAAUGGUACCGAUAUCAAUGCAAAAGAUAAUAAUGGUAAAACUGCUCUCCAUUACGCUGCAGAACUUAAUAGCAAAGAAAUCGCCGAAUUUCUUAUUUCUCAAGGAGCAGACAUCAAUAUCAAAGACAACAACAAUAAAACAGUUCUUCAUUAUGCAGUCGAAAGAAAUGAGAUGGAAUUUAUUUCAUAUCUGAUUUCACAUGGAUUAGAUGUGAAUGCCCGGGAUAAUGAUGAUAAUACAGUUCUUCAUUUCGCCGUAACCGGCGAUAAAGAGCCAACAAAAUUUUUUGUUUCAAAAUGGAACCAAAACAAUAAAUCUAAUAAAAUAGAAUUCCCUGUUUCAAAAUGGAACCAAAACAAUAAAUCUAAUAAAAUAGAAUUCCUUAUUUCAAAAGGUGUUGAUAAUCAAUGCCAGAAAUAA